AACUUGUCUACCCAUACAAGAGAAAUCAAUUUCAUUCACCCAGUUCAACCGAUUGAAAUUUCAUCUUUUUCUGUGGGAGAUCAAGCGUUUCAUACGCUGUCACAUACGUGCGGUGUUGAGCACUGACCUGUAGACAACACAGCAGCAAGAGGUGGACAGAAUAGGACCUAAGUGGACAUUCAUUACACUGUACUCUGCUUCACCAUGGACAUCUGUGACUCGUCCGAUGCCGAUGACCAACGUUACAUACAAGUGGGAAACAAAAAUGAAACGACCGUGUACCAAAGGGAAGGAAUAAUUAAAUGUCUUCAAAUGGGACCCCAAAACACCAUUGAACUGAACAGAAUACAUGAAUUGCCUCAAGACACAGAAGUAAAAAUGAGUGUCAUGAUCCGUAAAGCAAGCGUUGACACAGUGGAGAUACACAUAACCAUCAGCGGAAAUACUGCUGCCGAGGAACGCUUGACCGAAGUAGCCAACAGACGUGGAGUGUGGGAUAAUUUGCGACGGUUCUUCAGCACACUAUAUGCUGGACUGGAGCGGAUAUAUCGGGGGAGUGUGGUGCUGAAACUCCAGGUGACAGACUCCAACUUCCUCCAUUGUAUCGAGAAGGCAGCCAAGGAAGGUCGACUGAAUGAAUUCAUCCUGAAUCUCCUUCAAGAAGAGGGCGUUUUCGACACAAUUAAAGGUCAAAAGGUGGAGAUAACCGUUGAAGUCAGGAUCCCGGAAGACCAGUAUGAGGAGAUGUCUAAAGAGAUGAAAAGAAAGAAACAGUUCGCCUGUGAACUUGUGGAGGAGCUUUUGGACAGUUCACGCAACGAAGAGAUCGUACAGCACCAGUCUGUUAAAGGGCUUAAAGACGUAGCUGAAGAGGUGGAAAAAAUUGGGAAACUCCUGAACGGAGCUAUGGUUGGAGGGGCUGCUCUUGGCACGGCUGCAUUGAUUGCCGCUCCCUUCACGUUUGGAGCAUCCCUCGCCUUUGGAGCUGCUACUGCGGGCCUGGGUGCUGCUUCUGUAGUAGCGCUCAUUGCUGCAUUCUUGUUGUCAAUUAAGAAAAGUCAAGUAAGACAAGGUGCACAAGAGAGCUUGGAGGCGUACAUCAGAGCAGUGGAGUUACUGGAGAGAAAUAUUUCUAUCCUGAAGAAGCAAGAUGAUGUCAUGAAAGAAUUGGUGGAAAGCGCAGUUGUGGAACGUCUGAAAGUCAAGCCAGUACAGAUAUCAGAUAUGAUGAUAUCUCUCGGACAAUCCGCAAAGUCCGCUUCAAAGAUGGUUUUCAACAUCAACGGGCAGGAAAUCCCAAUGGAUAAAAUGAAUUUAUACGAGUUCAUUUCUGAAAAUGUGCAAAAUAAAAGGCGUCCCCCUUCAGUGGUGAAAGACGAUAUCUGGGACAUGGCUCGACAAAUAGAAAGAAUGGACGUGGAUCCCUUUCGCCGACUGUUACAAGUACAGUGAAGGACAUUAGUGAUGCUGACCAAUAUACAAUAUUCAUCAAUAUACAGUAAAUUGUAACAUAUGUCCGAAUGAAGCUCCAAAUCCGGUUUAAAGACAAUACAGAAAAGUUAUUUUUCAAGAAGAUCAACAAGUAAACUGCAAACUAUGGGAUAUGAGAGUAUGUUUGUGACUGUACCUUGUAUAACACGGGGCC